GAUAACUGCGCCGAACCGGCUAUAAACAAGGGCCUUAAUUUCUCCGGUCUCGAAUACUCUUCCCCCGACGUCUUCUCGCGUCUCCUCCUCCUCUCUCCGGCGAUCCCUAACCUUGAAAGUCCCCCCUGAUCUCCGGCGAGAGGAGGCGGAGAAGAUGAGGGAGAUCCUUCACGUACAGGGAGGGCAAUGCGGCAACCAGAUCGGGGCCAAGUUCUGGGAAGUCAUAUGCGACGAGCACGGCAUCGACAGCACUGGAAAAUACUCCGGCGAGUCGGAUCUCCAGCUUGAGCGGAUCAACGUGUACUACAAUGAAGCCAACGGCGGACGGUACGUGCCGCGCGCCGUGCUCAUGGAUCUCGAGCCCGGCACCAUGGACUCCAUCAGAUCCGGGCCCAUCGGUAAAAUAUUUAGGCCCGACAACUUCGUCUUCGGUCAGUCCGGGGCCGGGAACAACUGGGCGAAAGGGCACUACACCGAGGGCGCCGAGCUCAUCGAUGCCGUCCUUGAUGUCGUCCGCAAGGAGGCCGAAAACUGCGAUUGCCUGCAAGGAUUCCAAGUAUGUCAUUCUUUGGGAGGAGGAACAGGUUCUGGAAUGGGCACCCUUCUCAUCUCUAAGAUCAGAGAGGAAUAUCCAGAUAGGAUGAUGUUAACCUUCUCCGUUUUCCCGUCCCCGAAAGUGUCUGACACUGUUGUGGAGCCAUACAAUGCUACACUAUCUGUUCAUCAGCUGGUAGAGAAUGCUGAUGAAUGCAUGGUCCUGGACAAUGAGGCACUCUAUGAUAUCUGCUUCCGCACUCUGAAGCUUGCCACUCCUACAUUUGGUGAUCUUAAUCAUCUGAUAUCUGCAACAAUGAGUGGAGUCACCUGCUGCCUUCGCUUCCCUGGUCAGCUCAAUUCUGACCUCCGGAAGCUCGCUGUGAAUCUGAUUCCCUUCCCCCGCCUCCACUUCUUCAUGGUAGGGUUUGCGCCGUUGACCUCUCGGGGCUCCCAGCAGUACAGUGCUCUUACAGUUCCUGAGCUGACCCAACAAAUGUGGGAUGCAAAGAACAUGAUGUGUGCCGCUGACCCCCGCCACGGUCGCUACCUCACUGCCUCUGCCAUGUUCCGCGGCAAGAUGAGCACCAAGGAAGUCGACGAGCAGAUGAUCAAUGUGCAGAACAAGAACUCGUCCUACUUUGUUGAGUGGAUCCCCAACAACGUCAAGUCCAGUGUGUGCGACAUCCCUCCUAAUGGACUCAAGAUGGCUUCUACUUUCAUAGGCAACUCAACCUCCAUCCAGGAGAUGUUCAGGAGAGUGAGUGAACAAUUCACAGCGAUGUUCAGGCGGAAGGCUUUCUUGCAUUGGUACACCGGCGAAGGCAUGGAUGAGAUGGAGUUUACUGAGGCAGAAAGUAACAUGAAUGAUCUAGUUGCCGAGUACCAACAAUACCAGGAUGCAACAGCCGACGAAGAGUACGAAGAAGAAGAAGAAGAAGAGGAUGACAUGGAAGCUUGAUCAUCAAUGACAACACUUCUGAUGUAUUGUUCUAACUGUGGACCUGGUUAAUUGUAUCGUAUGGAUUCUGUUAAGCCUAUAUCUUGGGUUGCACGCAAUGCGCUGAAGACUAAAAACCUGUGAUAGUAGUUAUUUUCAGUUUAUGCUAAUUUCUUUCCUGUUUACCAACAUAAAA